GUUCAUGGUUGUAAAUCGUUUAGAAGAUCCUGUUUACGAAUACAAGGGUAAGUUGAAUGGAAAAUUCAUCGAAUGAAUCAGAAAAGUAUCCUAAUGGUCAGAAAAACGCUUACGAAUCGGCGAAAGAGGAAUCCGAUUUGUCAAAAAAUUUUGAGCGCUUGGUCGCGAUAAGCGACUACAACGCGGCAGACGAAAAGCAGCUCAGUUUUAGCCGCGGUGAAAACAUCCUGGUCGUGGAGAGGGUUAACCAAGACUGGCUGUGGGCCAAUAUCGAAGGAAGUUUGGGAUAUGUUCCGGCGAAUCAUGUGGAACAUCCUGCUAGGGUCGAAGAGAUGGAGAAAUGGCAAGAUGAGGAAUACUUCGAAAGCUAUUGCCAUAUGCGCUUGCAUCUAGAAAUGCUUGGGGAUGUCGCCAGGACAGAAGCCUACCGAAGAGCUGUCGUUUGCAACGUGGAUUUUGUCCGUGGGAAGACGGUGUUGGACGUCGGUUGUGGUAGUGGAAUUUUGAGCAUGUUCUGUGCACGUGAGGGCCAAGCGAGGCACGUGUAUGCAGUCGAGGCUAGCAGCCUAGCAGACCAUUUGCCAGGGGUUCUGCAAGAAAAUAACUUGGAGGAUAAAGUAACUGUUAUAAAGGGUAGAAUAGAAACAGUUUCACUACCGGAAACAGUGGACAUCAUAAUAUCUGAAUGGAUGGGAACGUUUUUACUGUUUGAGUACAUGAUAGAUUCUGUGAUAUUUGCUCGGGAUAACUGGCUUUCACCAGGAGGUGUGAUGUGGCCCACAUACGCACAACUAUUCCUGUUUCCAUGCUCUGUGCCAGAAUUAUACAAGCAAAAAAUUGGGGUGUGGAAGCAACAAUAUGGUUUCAGCUUUUCAACAUUGAAGGCGAAAGCAGUUGAAGAUUUUUUUAAACGACCCACAAUAGACUAUGAUUUAGAACCUUGUAAUUAUCUGUGUAAGGGACAGUCAAUUGUUCUACUUGAUAUGAAAAACCUAGCAGUACCUAAACUUGAGUUGUGGUCUUGCAACAUCAAAUUUAGGGUCGAGAAAGCAGGUGUGUUUCAUGGAUUUGGUUCCUGGUUUGAUGUGGAAUUUCAUUCACCACCAAAUGAUACCAAUGUAAAUGAUACUCCCCAACCAGUUGUGCUUUCAACCAGUCCAGAUGCACCAAAAACCCACUGGAAAAAUGCCAUAUUUAUGCUUGACGAACCUUUAGAGGUUGAAGAGGGUGCUGAUAUUGAAGGUACAGUAAAAGUGAUCAGAAAUGAGGAUUUUAGAAGACACAUGAGCAUUUGGUUUGAGUUUAACCUUUCUGGAGAAUCAGUUGAAGGAAUGCAUAUUUGCAAAGAAUUUAAACUAUGGAGAUAAAUUAAUGCGGAUAGGCAAAAAGACAAACUAAUGUAAAUAAUGUAAAUAAAUCAACAAGAAAAUAUCUACAGA